AUGCCCAUGGCGUCCCCCCAAACCCUGCUCUUCUGCCUGCUGUUCCUGGUGAUCACUGAAGGCUGGGGUCAGCAGGCGGCCAUCCCAGGCUGCCACCUGCACCCCUUCAAUGUGACGGUGCGCAGCGACCGCCAAGGCACCUGCCAGGGCUCCCAUGUGGCACAGGCUUGCGUGGGCCACUGCGAGUCCAGCGCCUUCCCUUCCCGGUACUCGGUGCUGGUGGCCAGUGGCUACCGACACAACGUCACCUCCAUCUCUCAAUGCUGCACCAUCAUUGGCCUGAGGAAGGUGAGGGGGCCCAUUGGGAGAGACAGAGGAGACAGGGGUCUAAAAUGGCUCAAAGAAGGGGACUGGAACGAAUCCCCUCUCCCACAGGUGAAGGUGCAGCUGCAGUGUGGGGGGGGCCGGAGGGAGGAGCUGGAGAUCUUCACGGCCAGAGCCUGCCAGUGUGACAUGUGUCGCCUCUCACGCUACUAGCCCACCCUGUCCCACCUCCCUCCCCUUGGUCAGAGGGGCGAGGUGGAGUACAUCCCGGGUAUCCUGAGCAUCACUGAGGACAGCAGCUUCAACCCCCGAAAUCUCUGCCUCUUCCCUGCCUCUGCCGCCUCCUGGCCAGUGUUUCAUCAUUUCACUUCCCUCU